AUGGUGACGAACGGCGACUACCCAUCCGACGACGAAAGUCCUCCUCAGUCUCCCACUGUUGAGGCCCAGCCCGACGAUGGCGCAGCAGAGGAGCCCAGACAGAAGGGGCCCGCGCCAGCACCCAAAUCUGCUCUGAAAAAGAGCAAUGCCGCGGCCGCUGCGGCUGCAGCGAAACCACACCUCCCCGAACAACCAGAGCCCUCGACACUCGAUGUAUCUACUCUCACACCCCUAUCGCCCGAGAUCAUCGCACGGCAAGCCACCAUCAACAUCGGAACAAUCGGGCAUGUCGCUCACGGAAAGAGUACGGUUGUCAAGGCCAUAUCCGGUGUGCAGACUGUGCGAUUCAAGAACGAGCUCGAGCGAAACAUCACCAUCAAGCUGGGUUAUGCUAACGCCAAGAUCUACAAAUGCGAUAAUGAAGAGUGCCCACGACCGACAUGCUACAGAAGCUACAAGAGCGAGAAGGAAGUAGAUCCGCCAUGCGAGCGUCCAGGAUGCGAUGGUACCUACAGGUUACUACGACAUGUCUCGUACGUGCACACGUGGAGAGCAUUGACAAGGAGGAUGUGGCUGACGUGAACGUUAGGUUCGUUGACUGCCCCGGACACGACAUUCUCAUGAGCACCAUGCUUUCAGGCGCCGCAGUCAUGGAUGCUGCUCUUCUCCUCAUAGCAGGCAACGAAACAUGCCCUCAACCUCAAACAUCCGAGCAUCUGGCAGCCAUCGAAAUCAUGAAGCUGCAACACAUCAUCAUCCUUCAAAACAAGGUUGAUCUCAUGCGGUCAGAAGCAGCAGCACAACACUACGAGUCCAUCAGAAAGUUCAUCCGUGGUACUGUCGCCGACGACUCGCCCAUCAUCCCCAUCUCUGCCCAGCUCAAGUUCAACAUCGACGCCAUCAACGAGAUGCUUGUGACCAAGAUCCCUGUGCCCAUGCGUAACUUCCAGGACGACCCACACCUUAUUGUGAUUCGGUCUUUCGAUGUCAACAAGCCUGGUUCAGAAAUCGACGAGCUCCAAGGAGGUGUUGCUGGUGGCUCGAUCCUGACUGGUAUUUUGAAGCUUGGCGACGAGAUCGAGAUCCGCCCCGGAAUCGUGUCAAAGGACGAGCAGGGAAAGAUCCUAUGCAAGCCCAUCUUCUCUCGUGUCAUCUCCCUCUUCGCCGAGAACAACAGCCUCAAAUUCGCUGUGCCCGGUGGCCUGAUUGGUGUUGGAACUCGCAUCGACCCCACUCUCUGCCGUGCUGACCGUCUUGUGGGCUUCGUGCUGGGCCUCAAGGGUAAGCUUCCUAAGAUUUUCACCGAGAUUGAGGUCAACUACUUCCUUCUUCGACGGUUGCUGGGUGUCAAGACCGCGGACGGAAAACAAGCCAAGGUUGCGAAGCUCUCGAAGAACGAGAUUCUGAUGGUCAACAUUGGAUCGACUGCGACCGGAGCGAAGGUCCUGGCUGUCAAGGCAGAUCUGGCCAAGCUUCAGCUUACAAGUCCCGCCUGCACAGCCGUCAACGAGAAGGUGGCGCUGAGUCGAAGAAUCGAGAAGCACUGGCGUCUCAUUGGUUGGGCAACCAUCACGAAUGGCGAAACGCUGGACCCGCAACAGAACAGCGACUAA